AUGGUUGAGGUCGAAAUCCCGCUCGGCCCGGCCACCGCGAGGAGGAGACAGCCUUUUACCGAUUAUUCCAAGAAAGAUCAAGAAAGGCUAAUGAAGAUUUGCGGGCACUCCGAUGGGAAACCUUGCAUUGCCCCCCAAUGCGUGAUUGUCCAAACCAAGGAGGUGCAGCGUGAAAAAUGGGUCCCGGUUCUGAUUGGUGAAGCUUUCCCGAAACCCGCAGACAGUCGUUCGUGCCGAGCUUCUCAUAAGAUGGCCACCCCC